AUGAGGUUACUAAACAUUUUCACUACGUUCUGCCUCUUACUGCGGAGUGGAGCUGUCACAAAUGAUGGAUUAACCGACGCUGUAGAAUGGGACCCAUAUAGUUUGACUGUCAAUGGUGAUAGAGCAUUUAUUUUUUCUGCUGAGUUCCAUUAUCAGCGCAUGCCUGUUCCAGAACUAUGGCUUGAUAUUUUUCAGAAGUUUCGAGCAAACGGUUUUAAUACAAUUAGUAUAUAUUUCUUCUGGUCUUAUCAUGAGGCCUCAAAAGGAUCAUUUGACUUCGAAACGUCAGGUAAAAAUGUCCAGAGAGUUCUUGACUAUGCAAAGGAAGCAGGAAUCUGGGUCAUUGCUCGAGCCGGACCAUACUCUAAUGCUGAGACUAAUGGUGGAGGUUUCGCAUUAUGGGGAUCCGAUGGUAGUAUUGGGACGUUGAGAUCAAACAAUGCUAUGUACUAUCAAUCUUGGCUGCCAUGGAUCACGGAGAUUGGAGAAAUUAUAGCAAAGAAUCAAAUUACUAACGGAGGACCUGUCAUCCUCAAUCAGGUUGAGAACGAACUUCAAGAGACAACUCACUCUGCGACCAACACUCUAGUUCUUUAUAUGGAGCAAAUUGAAGCUGCAUUUCGCAAUGCUGGUGUUACUGUCCCUCUUAGUCAUAAUGAAAAGGGCGAGAGGAGCGUAUCUUGGAGCACUGACUAUCAGAACGUUGGUGGUGCUGUGAAUGUUUAUGGCCUAGAUUCAUACCCCGGUGGCUUAUCAUGUACUAAUCCAAACUCUGGUUUCUCUGUUGUUCGCAAUUACCAUCAGUGGUUCUCGAAUUACUCUUACACACAACCAAACUACUUUCCAGAAUUUGAAAGUGGUUAUUUCACUCCAUGGGGUGGUAGCUUUUAUGAUGAUUGUCAAUCGGAGCUUGAACCUUCCUUUGCAGAUGUCUACUAUAAAAACAACAUUGGGCAAAGAACAACUCUGAUGAGUUUGUAUAUGGCCUGGGGUGGUACCAAUUGGGGUCAUUCUGCAGCUCCAGUAGUUUAUACAUCCUAUGAUUACGCGGCGCCCUUGAGAGAAACCCGUCAGAUUCGAGAUAAACUUUCACAGACUAAACUUAUUGGACUCUUCACAAGAGUUUCUACCGACCUGCUUAAGACGGAUAUGAUUGGAAAUGGUACUGGAUAUAGUGUAUCUUCAACUGGCAUCUGGUCGUGGGUUUUACGAAACCCUGAUACCCAAGCCGGCUUUACUGUCGUACAGCAAGCUACCUCUAGCUCGAGAUCAUCUGUUACAUUCGAUGUGUACUUGAAUACCUCGCUUGGAGCUGUGACUGCUUCGAAUGUCAAUCUUAAUGGCCGUCAAAGUAAAAUUCUCGUCACGGACUAUAACUUCGGAAACCACACGCUUCUCUAUGCAUCUUCGGAUAUCCUUGUUUAUGGUACAUUUGAUGUUGAUAUUCUAGUCCUGUAUAUCGAAGAGGGACAAAUUGGCCAGUUUGCUUUCAAGACUACGUCAAAAUUGACCUAUCAAGUCUAUGGGAAUUCCGUUUUCGCUGCAAACACAACGUCAAAUUAUACCUCGUCUUCACAAACAUUCACAUACACUCAAGGAGCUGGUCAGACUGUUUUAAAGUUCUCCGAUGGAACCUUAGUAUAUCUACUUGACCGACCUUCUGCUUGGAAAUUCUGGGCACCACCGACAACAUCCAACCCUCAGGUCAAGCCUGAUGAGCAGGUAUUUGUCCUGGGGCCAUACUUGGUGCGAAGUGCAUCAUCGUCCUAUGGAGCGGUUCAAAUAUAUGGUGAUAACGACAAGGCUACAACGAUCGAAGUCUUUUCUGGGGACUCGUCAAUUAAGGCUAUUGUAUGGAAUGGUCUUCGGCUUUCUACGACGAAAACCAAAUAUGGGUCGUACAUAGCAGCACUUUCUGGUACUGAAGGUAGAAUCAUUUCAUUACCAUCAUUAAUCAAUUGGGAGUCGGCGAAUUCCCUCCCAGAGAAAGAAUUAUCCUACGACGAUUCGAAAUGGACUGUCUGCAAUAAAACUUCUACAUCAAGUCCCAUAGCACCUUUAACUCUCCCCGUUCUGUUUUCAAGCGACUAUGGCUAUUACACAGGACCCAAAAUCUAUCGUGGAUAUUUCGAUGGUCUCAAUUACACAUCAAUCAAUAUCACAUGCUCUGGAGGUUUAGCUUUUGGUUGGACCGCCUGGUUGAACGGUGUACUCAUUGGAGGAAACACCGGCAACGCCACUGCCACUACCACCUACGCCGUCCUUUCUCUUGCGAAUUAUAACUCAGUCAUCAAACUCAAAGACAAUCUCGUAACAGUGGUAGUAGACUACCACGGCCACGACGAGACAUCAACAGCGAAAGGCGUCGAAAAUCCCCGCGGAAUCCUUGGCGCAUUCCUUCUCCCCAGACCUUCCAACUCUACUGGUUUCAAGCUUUGGAAAAUUCAAGGAAAUGCCGGAGGAUCGGCAAACAUAGAUCCAGUACGUGGACCCAUGAACGAAGGGGGUUUCUACGGUGAACGUCUCGGCUGGCAUCUCCCCUCAUCCCCUUCACUUCCCUCUCAUUCUACCCCCCUCAUCGGUCUCAAUACCUCAGGUAUAUCUUUCUACACGACAACAUUCAAUCUUGCCCUCGACUCCGAUCUCGAUGUUCCCAUUGGCAUCAAAUUAUCCGCUCCAGCAGGUACCGUCGCCCGCGUCAUGUUCUGGAUCAACGGCUAUCAGUAUGGAAAAUACGUUCCGCAUAUUGGUCCUCAAACUGUAUUUCCUAUUCCACCUGGUAUCGUCAAUAACAGGGGAGAGAAUAAAUUAGCGUUGAGUUUGUGGGCGAUGACGGAUGUGGGAGCUAAGCUGGAAGGAGUAGAGCUGGUGAGUUAUGGGGCUUAUGAGAGUGGAUUUGGAUUUGAUAGGGAUUGGAGUUAUUUGCAGCCGGGAUGGGACAGUGGAAGGUUGGAGUAUGCUUAG